AUGCCGGAGCUUGUAUCAGUGGACCAGAAUGCAGAUUUGCUAAGAGAGGUAACAAUGGAAGAGAUAAAAGGGGUUGUUUUCUGCCUUAGUAAGGACAGUGCCCCGGGUGCGGAUGGUUACACUGGCAUUUUCUUCCAACAUUGCUGGGAUACUGUGGCCCCUGAUGUCUUGGCAGCAGUUAAAGACUUUUUGGCUAGAACCUCGAUCCCGAAGGACAUUGCUAGUACGCUGAUUGUUUUGAUUCCAAAGAAGCCAAAUCCAGCUACAUUUGUGGAUUUUCGACCCAUUAGCCUGUACACUUUUGUUAACAAAAUUUUUACGAAAGUGUUAGCUAAUAGAUUGCACGCUGUCCUCCCGAGCAUUAUAUUUUCGGAGCAAUCUGCAUUUUGUCCAGACUGCGAUAUAGCCGAAAAUGUCCUCCUGACCCAGGAAAUGACAUUCAAUUGCAUUUUCAAAUUGGACAUGAUGAAGGUCUUUGACAGAGCAUCACACGGGAUUAAGCAAGGCAAUCCCCUGUCCCCUAUUCUAUUCAUCCUUCCAUCUGAGGCCCUUAGUAGGGGUUUAAGUGCGCAGGGUGGUCACUUGAUCCUAAUUAAGCCUGUCAUCUCAGCCAUACCUUUGCACGUGUUGGCGGUCAUGGAUCCCCCCAAGAGGGUGAUCAAAUGCCUCGAACGACUCAUGGUAAAUUUCUUUUGGGGACAAUCGGAGCUAGGUCCUAAGCAUCAUUGGUGCUCUUGGAAGAAUUUAUGUUAUCCAGUGAACGAGGACGGCCUUGGGGUGCAAUCUUUUGAGGACAUACAGGGGGCGUUCAGCUGUAAAUUGUGGUGGCGAUUUUGCAAUUCAACUUCCUUGUGGGCCAAUUAUAUGAGGUCUAGAUAUAGUGUAAACAAUGGUGCCCUACCUACGGCUUCCAGAGUUUGGAGACGAAUGCUGGUUGUUCGUGACACAGUGGACCACUUCAUGCAGGUUAUAGAUUUAGACGACCGGAUUCAGCGGGCCUGGAUCCUUACACCCUCCGGAGAUUUUACCAUCUCCUCCGCAUGGGAUGCACUGCGGCCUAAACGUGCAUGCCUAGGGUCAAGGAAGUGUGUCUGGAGCUGUCGAAUCCCAUGCAAAAUAGCCAUUUUUAUGUGGAAGCUGCUUAAACACUACCUGCCUUUUCCUAAGGCUUUACACAGGUUCGGUUUCUAG